GAUGACGUAAACACGUAAACUGCAGUGUUUGGUUGUGGUCAGAACGGAGGAAGCCAAGAAGGGGAUCAAGGAAACCUCUAGCAUCGUAGGUAAACACCCCUGAAGACGUGUGAACCCAGUGGUCACACAGCUGCAAAUAUACCAAAAAGAACCGUAAAAGGGUCCUUGACACAGCGAGGGUCAAGAUGUCUGAGACAUACGACUUCCUGUUCAAGUUCCUAGUGAUCGGCAGUGCCGGUGCGGGGAAAUCCUGCCUCCUCCACCAGUUCAUCGAGAACAAGUUCAAACAGGACUCCAACCACACCAUUGGCGUGGAGUUUGGUUCCAGGGUGGUCAAUGUCGGCGGGAAGACGGUCAAACUGCAGAUCUGGGACACUGCCGGACAGGAGCGAUUCCGUUCUGUGACGCGUAGCUACUACAGAGGAGCAGCUGGAGCCCUUUUGGUGUAUGACAUCACCAGCCGUGAAACUUACAAUGCGCUGACCAACUGGCUGACGGACGCACGGACACUAGCGAGCCCCAACAUCGUCAUCAUCCUGUGCGGAAAUAAGAAAGACCUGGACGCGGAGAGAGAAGUGACGUUUCUGGAAGCCUCGCGGUUUGCUCAGGAGAACGAGCUAAUGUUUCUGGAGACGAGCGCUCUGACGGGGGAAAACGUCGAGGAGGGAUUCCUGAAAUGUGCUCGCACUAUCCUCAACAAGAUAGAUUCAGGGGAGUUGGACCCUGAGAGGAUGGGCUCAGGGAUCCAAUAUGGAGACGCCUCAAUGAGGCAGCUGCGGCAGCCGAGGGGCACGACGACACAAAACAAGCAGCAGUGUAACUGCUAGGGGUCGGACUCCAUCCUUACUUGAACCCACUGGCCCAUACGGAGAGACCGCCCCCUACAGGUGUUUUUGAGUGUGUGCGACUGCUGUCUUAUGCACUUUAGACCACCUGGAUCAAUGUUGGUGGGUUGAGGGCACUACUUUGACCCCUGACCUCCAACCUCUGGUAAGCCUCCUCACCUGAGUGGUUCAGGUUUUCAUCCCGCAUCUGGACAGCUUAACCCCCCUCCCUCUCAGUGCGGAGACGGUGCGAUCAGUAAGAAGGCACUCCAUCAUCAGAUGCCAGAGGAGGACAAGUCAAGGGUUGUUUGUUUUGAGCUUCUCUCCUGUCGUUUUACGUCUUCGCUUUCCCACGCUGGUUUUAAGCAACCCUAAGAUGUUUUCCUGCGUUUGCACUUCAUUGACUGUAAAUGAUUGUGAAGCUACUUCGAGCAUUUUCAUCACUCGGCCUUCGGCUGAUUAGUUAAUCGAAGCAAAUCGUAACCGAUAGUGACUCUGUGAUAAACGGUCUAAAUGUGUACUCUUAAGAGGUCAUCUUCCUCCAUAGUUUGGCUUUAAAAUGUCGUAUUCAGGUUUCCAUCAGACGUAACGUCUGUGGUUCGUCAUCUUAUGAUAUUUCUCAUCUGAUCAGAAAAUUGAAGAGUAGUGGGGUUCCGGUGGAGCUCAGUCAGGCCCAGAGUGUUCAAUCAUUGAGUGUUGCAGUGGAAAAUGCUUGGUUUUUGUAUUGCAAAUGCACUGUAAUGAUGCAGAGCGAUGGCUUUUAGGUUAUGCUCCAUACUUUAAAUCCACAGUUCUGGUCGGAGGUUUGCAUCCUUUCAUCCACCACAUUGAUCCUGUUCUUUCUUUCUUUUUUUCUGCAGUAAUUAUAUGCCAUACAUGGUAUGGCAUAUACCAUGUAUACAUGGUAUAUGCAAUGAGUUUUAGAAGCAAGAAUUGGGAGCACCAAUGUGAAUUGAUUGGUGUUGUUGUUGUAGUCCACACAGCGUCAAAAUUACAUAUGAACCCUCAAAUAUAAACAUACAGUAAUAUUUGCAUAAAUUUCUCUUUGCGAGCUGUAGAGAAACUACAAGUUUUGUAGCCAUAAAGACAAUAAUUCUGCCUGGCCGUUUUUGCCAGUCUUCUCAAAUUUGUUUCGGGACGGCUCGAACGUUUGAGCAGAGUUUUCACAUUUUCAUUAGGGUUCAGAUCCGAUUCCAGAAGCUUGAUGCCAGCCCGUUUUAUCAGCUCCAGAACCAGUUUUUUUUUUUAAAUCUGUGCUUUGAAUCGCUGUCCUGUUAAAAACACUCAAUUGUGUGUCCACGUUUCAACCUAUUGUUGAUCUGAGACGAAGCUGAAGAAUUUGUAACUAGUCAGCCAUCUUCUUUAUUGCACCCGUUUUAUGCAGCACCUGGAUAAACGGCAAUGAAACAGACAGCAGCAUAAUGCUGCCACCACCGUGCUCGACAGCCUGUUCUGUGUUCUUAGGUUUUUAAGUUUCACCAUGUCUCCUCUAAGCAUGCAAGAGUCAAAGUUAAAUCUUUGACUCUUCUCACCUUGUGUUCACAUUUCUGUCAAGGUUAAAGGUCAUGACAGUGGAGCAAGUGUUUGUUUCUUUGACACUGGUGUCCCAGCAUCUUUCUGAGCUUUUCAAGUUCCUGGGGUUUUCUUGACCAGCUGAACCAGUUUCCUUUCAUUGAAGCUGUUAUUUUGGGUAAACCUAUUAAAAAUGUAUUUAAUAAGCUGGCCAAUAUCCAAUCAGAAUUAUUGUAGAAGUUUCUUAAUGGCUAAAAAAAAAAAAGUGUGGUCCCUCUGCAACUCAAUACACACACACACACACACACACACACACAUAUCUAUAUGCACAUAUGUAUUUACAAUUUUACAUCUUCACAGGUGUUGUUUUCGAAGCCAUUCAAGCUGUAUGCUCUAUAAUACUUUUAUACUCCAAAGAACACUUAAAACAACUCAUUUCAGCCCAAAUUAAAAGGUGACUAUUCAUUUAAAUAUCUGACCUAAAUUGUGUUUUACUGCAACGUUUUGCUCCCCUCCACGUCAAAGUGCAACAAAGAGGAAACCUGAUUUCCCAAGUUUCCAACAUGUAAAUAUUGAGCGAUAUUAAAAAGUUUAGGCGGUCAGACAUCUCCGACAUCUAGUCCUAAUUUACUGACAGAUUAGGAGUCAUUUGCCUUUUUAUUAAAACCCGUGUUGCGCUCCACUUCCUGGGCUUUUCCUUCAUGAGCUCCCAAUGAUCCAUGCUGCUCUCCAAGCUAAAUGCUGGAUCGGGAAUCUGACGGCAAGUGCAGCUUCCUGCUUUUGGAAACUUUCAUGCUCCGUCAGAUUCGUCAUCAAGCUUUGCGGCCAAUUAUUCAUGUGUGGUUGUGUCGAGAAGUGAUGAUUCAGAAAUCUGUUUGCAGCCUUAAAAGCAACUACUUAAGCACACAAACUAUAAAGAAGUAUUGGGAUAAUUUGGAGGAAAACAGUGGUAGAUUAUUUUUUUUUUUUUUUAAUGUAUUUUUCUGAUUUCCCAUUUGAGAAUAAAGUUGAAAUGUCGAGAAUAAAGUCAAAAGAGUUGGUAGGAGUGUCCAGAGUUUGAUUUGAAAAUAGUCAAAACAUUGAAGAAAAAAAAAAAAACAACAUUUUGGUAAGAUUAGAACAUUAGAGAGUUGGAAUGUAAAACGUUUUUCAAGAAAAUGUGACAUGUUGAGAAAAGACCUUUUACCUUUUCAAAUUGUUGUUGUGGAAAAAAGUCGGAAAACAUUUUCAUAAAGAAAGAGAAUGUCAAAAGAAAAUUGGAAUUAUAAAAAAUUGAGGUGAAAUGUUGCAGAGGGGGGCGGAGGGGUAUUUUCAAAAAUAAAUCAUAGGAAAGACUGUAAUUGUUCAACUAAACAGAUCCACAACGGUUGUGAAAAAGAGCUGCUUCAAUCCAACACAGCAGCUCAGGGUUUUGUCCAUUAUUCUAUCCAUGCUGAAUUUUUCAAAUAUGAAAUAGGAUUUUGACACUUCUUGAAAAUUUCACUUAUUCUUGAUAUUAUGACUCAAUAUUUCAACUUUUUUUUUUUUUUAAAAAAGCUUUUUUAAAAGUUUGUUUUAGUGAGCCAACUCAGGUUAUAAAUUACUUUAGGGGGGUUGGAGGAAUGGAUGCAGAAUUUCCACUGAAAGUGUGUUUCCUCUGUCCUCGGACCUCUGAGGCAGACAUCCUGGUGAUGCUGGGGGGAAUCGGGUUCCACUUCAGUACCUUUCCAAACCCCCACCACCACCUUUCUACUAAAGAGACAGGCACUGCUUGUGUUAAUCGUCCAUCCAAUGGUUGAUGAAAACAGCCCGCUAAUGUCUGUCUUUAUCCUGAAUUAUGAGGUUUUGUCCCGCCAGGCUCAUGGUGGAUGUUUUAACCCAAGUGAGCCGGCGCACUGACAGGAAACUGGGGAGGACUUUCUGGGCUUUUAGGGUAUCAAGAGUGGUGAAAAUGUGUUGCUUUACAUUGUGUGAGUGUGUCAUUUCUGAAAGUGCACUUUUACUUUUACAAUUUUGUUUUCUGAAUAUGCUGUAACUAUAGAAAUGUAAAUGUUAUUUUACUUGAAAAAUAUACUUUAAUAAAGAUUUUAAUGUAGA